AUGCUGAUGAUCCUGGCCCGAUUGGGUCGCUCAGAAAGCUUCUGGGCGGUCGUUAAGGUCCUCCGCCUGCCGCCCGCAACGAUGCGCUGGUGCGAGGCGGUGGAUGGGGCUCUGGCCUACAAGCGCUGCCGCCCCCUCCUCUACGGCUGGCUAGAGCGGGCCAACACCAGGCUCGGCUCUUACGGCCCGGACGGCGCGGCGCGCAAGCGCGACCGCGAGGAGUUCGAGGCCGACUUUGCGCUUACCACUGCUCGCGGUCCUGACUGA